CGUAGUAUCACCGGCCGCGGAGAUGUACGAACUUCCGGUUGUCCGGGCAGCUGUCGCCGCCGCUGUCGCCGCUGCUGCCCCUGCCACCUGCCAGGGCCGGGCCUCAGUUCAGGAUUUGGUCACUUCUUCGUUUUCCACUGCGCCCAUGGUUCCUCCUGGAGCCAGGGCGGCGGGCCCGGCGGCUCCCGCGUGGUGAGAGGGCGGUCGGGGGGACGAUGAAGGUCCGGCACUGCAGCUCCUGUCUCAGCCACCUCUUGGCCCUCGCCCUCCUGCUGCUGCUAUUGCUGCCAGGAUUGGGAGGGCCUUUGGCUUUGCUGCUGAAGGCGGCCGAGGCGGCUCCGGACCGCGGGCAGCGGACCCCGCCACCCCUGCCCCCAGGCCCCACCGCGGCCCAGUCUCCGGGCCGCGUUCCUGUAGAAGCCGCAGGGCCGCGGGGCGCUGAGGGCGGCAAUGGCAGUAGUCCCCGGGCGGGGCUUUCAGCAGACGACUCCGGAGGGAAGGCGGGGGAAGAAGACUCAGUGGGUGGGAGCCUUGCUGUGAGCCCCAACCCCGGCGACAAGCCUAUGACCCAGCGGGCCCUGACCGUGUUGAUGGUGGUGAGCGGCGCCGUGCUGGUGUACUUCGUCGUCAGGACAGUCAGGAUGAGAAGAAGAAACCGAAAGACGAGGAGAUACGGAGUUUUGGACACUAACAUAGAAAACAUGGAGUUGACACCUUUAGAACAAGAUGAUGAGGAUGAAGAUAACACUUUGUUUGAUGCCAAUCAUCCUCGAAGAUAAGAAUGUGCCUUUUGAUGAGAGGACUUCAUCUUUCUACAAUGAAGAGCAGAAUUUCUAUGUUUAAGGAAUAAGAAGCCACUUUAUCACUGGGGGCGGGAGGGUAUUUAAGUUACAUAUAUUAUGAAAAACUUUAAUUUGUUGCAAUAAAUACUGUAUCAUUUUGUUAUGUAUGUAUGUAUAGAAGUGCUCUUAAUGGGCUCAGAGUUGUUGGGAGUGAACUGCACUAUAAUAGAAAUCUGUGUGAAAAUUACUUUAGAGCAGGGUGUUUUCUGAUCAGUUACUGUUUCUUACUUACCAUAUUAUAAACAGUUUUAAAUAUUAGUUAAUGUUGUUUUGUUUUGGGGUUUUUUUUUUUUUAGAGGGUUUGCCCAUUAGUUGUUUUUUUUCCCCAUUAAUUGUUUUUUGCUGAAACUAAUCCCAGCAACAAACUGAUGUGUAAAAAUAAUUUAAAAUUUCUUUACAGAGAUGUAUUCCCCAUUUUUGUGGGAAAAAGAAGCCAAGUUUAUUACUUUGCAUUUGGUUUUUUUUAAAUAUUAAUAAAUGAAUUGUAUGCAAAAAAUAAAUAUGAUUUAAAAUUA